AUGGACUCUCCUGUCCAGGCCUCCGCUGGCUUUGCCUGUAAUAAUGUGGCCACAUUGUCAACAGAGCUCGAACAGAAAUGGGUAUACGACAACUUGUUGAAGCCCAAGUCCAUCAACCAGGUGUGGUUGGGCAUUGACUCGGUAGACGGUGGCAUAACCUUUGACUAUAUCUAUUAUGACUCGGCAUCAACUCUUUAUAGACAACAGAUGUACAACACACGUUUGGACACAUGCACACAAUACUGUCCGUGGGCUGUCAAUCGACCGGCGAUGGGUGGCCGUCCGUAUGGCCGCUGGCAAAAUGAUGUCUUCAUCCUUGACACGCAGCCCGCUACCUCGAGUUUCCCCUACGUCUGUGUGGCGCCACCUCCUCGCAUAGCAUUGAUGCUAAAGAACAUUGUUGGCACAUCUGGAGGCAUUCUCCAGUUCACAUUGGACACCAUCAGCAACUCCUACAGCUCAACACAGAAGCUCACUCGUGUGAGCGACAACACCACAAUCGAACUGGGAUCCACCAACGACAUGACCGCAAAGAUACCUCCUGGAGCCGGAACCUAUAUCCUCACAGUAACUCAUGUUGCUGGAACCUCCACAUCAAUCUUCCAAUAUGAAGCCCCUCAUAUAUCUGAUAUCUGGCCAAGCUUUAAUAAGAGCGACAUUGUGUACUUGCGUGGAAAGAACUUUGGACCUGAUGCCAGCAAGAUUAGUGUAACUUUUGGCGAUCAGACCAAUGUUGUGAGAUGCCUUGGCGUGUCCUUGUACACGAUGAUGAUCAACACGACCACACCAUAUGAGUACUUGUCAUGUCAACUGGAGAGGUCCAUUCAGUAUACAUCAAUGUUCCCAGUGACUAUCGAUGUGGAUGGAGUAUCCCAUCUCACAAACAGAUGUCGCUUCAUAGACUCGUUGUCCACAACUACCAAGUAUCCACCAGUGUUCUCCGUGUCCGACAUACCCCUCAACUACACUAGUGCCAUCGCGUUAUACAACGAUGGUAAUCGAUACCUUGGAGUCAUAACAACAAAGUCUUCCUUUGACAUUGUACGCCAAGUAUAUAGCUCUGCAGCCAUGGUCGUGGAGGGCAUGUACUAUAAUGGUACCAACAUGGUCUACAGCGAAGGACCAUUUAGCAAGCAGAUUGUGGCACCAUACACCUCAUCCCAAGUACAAGGAUCACAAAACACCUACUACACACUCAAUCUUCUGGAUGCCUCACUAGGAGUCUUGUCCAUGUCCGACACGACCUACCCCUAUCUUCUCCAGAACUCCACGAUCACACCUGGUACCACAUUCCUUGACUUCUUCCGAAUCAACUGGAAUACCACGGCCACGCCAACUACUGCCGGUGUCCUCACAAUCGCCAUAUAUGGCCUUGCAUUACCAUUGACCUCUUACCAAAUCGAGAUUAUUAACAACACUGGAGAGGUAACAGUGAUUGGAUUGAACUUCAUUGGAAUAAGUUUGGUGACCAUUGGCAAUGUACAAUGCAGUCCAGUACAACCUGUCAACUCAACUACGUUCAUUUGUUACUUCCCAGCCAGUGUGACCAUUGGCAACGAGGCACUACCCAUCAAUGUAACAUGUGGUGGUCUCUCAAAUGUAGCCUACAUCUUUUAUUACAAGCAGACGGUACAAUGUCCUGGCACCCCAGCAUGCAGUGGCAACGGACUGUGCAACACCAACAAUGGACAAUGUACAUGUAAUACCGGCUACUCUCUACAGAACUGCUCUCUCAAGGCUGAGGUCAACCCGACACCACCACAUGCUGAUGGCAAUGGUACGGCAGUGUUGCCAUCUGGCAACUCGAACAACGACCAAUCAUACUUGGUCAACAUCAAAUUCCUACGCGAGUCUGAUGAACAAGGUCGCCAAAUCAGAUUGCUAAACAUGUCCACGAUCAAAUGGAAGACCACCCCAUCGAUCAACAAUAUGUCGUACCAGUUCCAGGGCACGUUCGACAAUGACAAUUGUUCAGUCAACCUGCAAAUGGACGUCUACAAGGACAACGCCACAAUCAAGUUUGCCGGCGAGUCCAUAUUCAUCCCGGCCAGUUCAAUCAAGUUCACAGUGGAGAUUAGCGACUGGAAGUUUGCCAACCAACUCAACAUGCUUGAAGUGAUCAUGGCUACAACAUCAACAGCGGCUGAUCAACAAUGCAGGCCACCAAUGACCACUGACUCGGAUGGUCCUCCAGGUAGUUCCUCAUCAGCCUCAUGGCUCGAGCUAAAGUCUGGAGGCACAGUGCUCUCGGCUCGCUACGCCAGGUAUCUCUUGGUCAAUGACAGAAUCACUAGAAGCAAGGUCUUGCUUUUAGAUCCAACAACAAACGCGAUGCUAUACGGUGCACUUGGCACAGCCGGUGACGCCAACUCAACAUUGUUGACAUCAAUCCAUGUACCAUACUUCACCAAGACAUGUACAAUUGAUCCAAGCUUCCAACUUUUGUUAACUGAUGAUGACAAUAAUCCUGGACAGCAAUGUGGUGGCAAGAGCAGCACUCAAUCAAAUGAUCGUUGGAAGCUACCUGUGAUCGUAGUGUGUACAAUUGUAGGAGCAUCAAUUCUGGCUGCAGUCAUGGCAGUAUUAAUCAGAAGCAGACUCAAAGGAAGAAGAUUACAUGAUGUCAUAUCAUUCAAGAUGAAGCCAAAGAGGAAAGUGUACAAUGAAUAA